CAUAUAUCCUAGAUAUAAUAUAUACUCCAAAUAACCUUAGCUUGCUAACUACUAGUAAUAUAUAUCCCAUUUAAUUCAGUUCCAAUCCUUAUUGUUUCGAUCUAUAGUAUAUUCAAUUCAUUAAGAUCGAGCAGCUAGUGUUUAUUCCUCGACUUCACUGAUCAUUAUUCAUCAAGAACUGAACACCUUUUAAGAUGUGGGCACGAUUCAGAGGUCCAAAGUCGACAAUCAAAAAAGAUGCUAAACCCCUUAAUGUGGAUGAUGAGUAUGCUCGACUAUCCACAGAGGCUCGGCAGCUCCACCCAUGGUCUCUUCUCUUUGAACCCCACAAAAAAAAUAUAGCAACAAUUCUUGAUUCCAUAUAUACUCCGGGGAAAAGCUAUUCCCACGAUCGACAUCUAAAAUCUCUUUUGAAUGGUUAUUUCGAAAUCAGCACUGAAGCCGCCACCCUAUGUGACAGUCUUCUCAAGCGCAUCAACCAUGUCCGGUCCGACUACAGACAUAUCCAAAAAGUCCUUAUUGACGAACGACUGAGCUCGAAUGACAUCGUAUCAGAGCUCCGCUCGUUGAGUUUGCUUUUCGAACCCCCGUUUUUCGAUAACCCUAAAUUUACAUGGGUUCACGAUGAACAUUCCUCCAUGUUACAAAAGCAACAACACUUGGGGUGUGGUGGUAAUAAUAAAAAUAAGUGGUGGUCGAGGAAAGUGGAGUUAGCCACAAAGGGGAGUUAUAUAGUGAAGAGAGAUUUGGAGAUUAUGAGUAGGCUCGUGUGGCGAGUGCAUGAUGAAAUUGAACAUAAUAAGGGGAUGAUAAAGUUGUGUAUGAAGAAGAGGGAAGAUAAUUUUUCUCUCCAAAUGGUAUUGAAGGCAUUGAAGAACAACAAUUAUGGUUUUGAGAAACAAGUUGAAGAGCUCCAACAACAUGUCUACUUGUGCCUUUUCACAAUUAAUCGGGUGAAAGUUUUGGUAAUCCGUGAGAUUCUUGAAUCUAAAGAAUAGGAUCACAUAUGAAUCUUAACAUAAAACGCAUGCACAAAUACUAUUUUUUUAUUUUAAAUAGACUUCGUACACGAAUGAUUGCUAAUUUUAGAAAUAUUGCCUUUUGGCGACAUGUAAUAUUACAUAAGCUCGAAUAUAGAGCAUAUGUAAUAAAUUGUUGGCAUGUUUUAUUUCAAGAGUUAUGUAUACUCCAUCUAUACUAGCAUAUUGUUUUCCAUAUGCUACAUACUCCCUCCGUCCCAUUUAUAUUGUUCCGUUUUACCAUUUCGGGAAGUCCCACUUAAAUUGUC